CUAUAGGGGCUGAUCCUCCUAAGAAUUUUCCAAUCCAAAUAUACUAUGAUGCUAAAACAAAACAAAUCCAAAAAACCUAGUGUGUACAGGACCAUUCAGUCAAUGAAGCAAAAAGCAUCUUCAAAUAAACCUAGGCCUAAGACAACACAGAAUUAACAACGCAUUACCAACCUCCUCAAAAGAGCCUCCCUCUUUCCCUUCAGCAUCCUCCAAUCCCUCCCUAAAACACAACCCUCACACUAACGUCAACCCAAUGACACCUCUCCUAUUCAAACUAAAAAAAACCACUGAGAAAGAUACCCAACCCCUCAAAUCCCACACACCCAAUACCAAAUCCAAGCCAAUCUCCCAAUCCCACCCAAAAAUCUCUUCCAAAAACAGCCCAAAAGACCCCCUCGCCACUAUUAAAACUCUAAACUUAUUCACAACUGUAUCUCCCAAAUAAGAACCCAGAGACGCCUUAUAUUUUGAGAUCCCUUCGAGAAAUGAGCGCUAAGUUGAAAUAAGUAUCAAGGCAAGCGAUCCAAAAAGUCCAAAAAAUUUCCUUCAAAGGCACUCCAAAAAUCCCUCCAAACCCACAACCUGGAGCGUGACUUCCAAUCCGCCGAGUUCUGGUUCAACCACAACAGGAAUAUUAAGGAAAAAGGCUUGAGCAAGCUGACAAAGAUGUUACAGAACAACCAGAGAGGAAGGAAUGAGAAGAGGUCAUGGCUAGAGCCUGAUGAGAAGGGGGAGAUUGAAAGGCCAAGCUCGAAAAUGAUGAAAUCAUGCAUGAAGAUGAUAGGGCAAGUCGAGCAUGGGAUGCGGGAGUAUCAGAGCUUGAACCAGUUUAUGAAAAAGGAACUUUAAAGUUGAGGUAAAGAGAUUUAGAAGAUAGGGUA